AUGCCCUCUCUAGGUAUCUUCCUCGGCGCAUUCGCCUCCUUUGGCGGCUUUCUGUUCGGCUACGACACGGGGUACAUCGCUGGCCUGAAGGAGAUGCCGUACUUUCUCUCAGUGUACGGCACGCGCCAGGCGGACGGACACCUCAAGCUCACGUCCAAGACCGACUCGCUCAUCACCUCCAUCCUAUCCGCGGGUACGUUCUUCGGCGCGCUGCUUGCCUCCACGGUCGGCGACAAGCUCGGCCGGCGCCGCGGCAUCAUGGCGUACAUUGCCGUGUUCUGUGUCGGCGUCGCGCUCCAGACGGGCACCAAGUCCCUCGUAGGCUUCGCCAUCGGCCGCGUCCUCGCUGGCCUGGGGGUAGGUGGCACGUCCUGCCUCGUGCCCAUCUACCAGAGCGAGUGUGCGCCGCGCCACCUGCGCGGCACCAUCGUGUCAGCGUACCAGUGGUUCAUCACCAUCGGGCUGCUCGUCGCCGCGAUAGUAGUCAACGCAACCAAGGACCGGCCCAACGCGUCGUCGUACCAGAUCCCCGUGUCGAUCCAGUUCGUGUGGGCCGCCAUCCUCGUCGGCGGGCUGGCCCUCCUCCCCGAGUCGCCACGCUGGCUCCUCCUCGCAGGCCGGAAGGACGACUCCCUCAAGGCCCUGUCCCGACUCCUCGGCGAACCCACCGAGAGCGCCAAAGUCACCGAGCAGUAUAACGAGAUCCACGCCAACCUCGAGCACGAGCUCGCCGAGGGCAGAGGUACCUGGGCCGACUGCUUCCGCAUGGGUGAGGGCAAGAACUUUAAGCGCGUCAUCACCGGCUGUCUCCUCCAGGCGCUGCAGCAGCUCACAGGCAUCAACUUCAUCUUCUACUACGGCACGACGUUCUUCACCAACUCGGGCAUCUCGUCACCCUUCCUCAUCACCAUCGCGACCAACGUCGUGAAUGUCGGGUGCACCAUCCCCGGCAUGUGGGCGGCGGACAAGAUCGGCCGGCGCCCACUCAUGCUCUACGGCGCGGCGGGCAUGGCCGUGUCGCAGAUCGUCGUGGCGGCCAUUGGCGUCGCGCGCCCCAUCACUGACGCGGCCGCACAGAAGGUUCUCGUCGCCUUUGUGUGUAUCUACAUCGCGCACUUUGCGAGCACGUGGGCUACACUCGCGUGGGUCAUUACGGCCGAGCUGCCGCCGUACUCCAUCCGCACCAAGAGCAUGUCGCUUACUACGGCGUCCAACUGGGCCUUGAACUUCGCGAUAUCCUACUCGACACCGUUCCUAGUUAACACGGGGCCUGGGAAUGCAGGCCUCAAGACCAACGUGUUCUGGAUCUGGGGCGGGUGCUGCUGCGUCGCGUUUGUCUUCGCGUACUUUAUGAUCCCCGAGACCAAGCAGCUCUCGCUCGAGCAAAUCGACAUCCUGUACCGCAACUCGACGCCGCGCAACUCGCGCGCGUACAGGCGGUACAUCCUCGAGCAGAACAUCCGCGAGGGGCAGCCCGACAGCCCCGGAAAUAUCGAGAAACCUGAGGCCGAGCAUGUCGAGAAGAAGGAGGAACAGGGCGAAUAG